UUUAGGGCGUUAUUUAUUAUUAUUUAUAUUAUUUAUAAAAAAGGCACAGGCUCAAUUCGGUCACACUGACUGGCAUCCUCUGGUCACACCACCAGCACUGCCAGAAACAGCUGGUUAACGUGACCAGAGCUGCAAUUGUUUUUUGAUGGUACUUUAGGACGCCGUUUGCAGGCCGUUGGCCAGAGGGGUGUCGUGGUGCCGAGGGGGUGCUGGUGCAGCCGAACAGCUGGUUUCAAAGGAAAAUUCCUGUGCAGAGUGGACAACGCCGAGGGCGCGCAUCCUGGAAGGAGUGGACAGCCGGACAGAGGUCGCCCCCCUCCCCUCGGACUCCAUACGCCGGGAGCUCAGAUUCGACCAGGAGACGAGACGCCUUUACUGGUUGGCGUCGGGACACCGGCAUCUUCAGGAUUCUGGCGUCUGGUGCGAAGGAAAGACGUGGGAAAUGGGAGCUGUUCUCGCGUCGGUCCGAUGCGGAGGCUCGUCUCAUCGAGAUCACCCGCUUGGAUGGCAGCAGCCGGCGCGUGCUCUUGUGGAAGGGGGUGGAGAAGCCGCGUUCCCUGGUCCUCGAGACGCGUCGCGACUACAUGUACAUCUACAGAGUCGCCUCGGACUCCAUACGCCGCGUCACGAUGGACGAAUCCGAGCUGCAAGCAAUCAUGGCCCGGAGCUUAUAUUCGACCAAGAGACGAGACGCCUCUACUGGAUGGCAAGAAGCGUCGGACACUGGUUGGCAACUAGGACUACGUGUAAUGGAGCGACUGGAGCACAGGAGACAUUGAUCCAGACUGGCCAGAGCCGCAGCCUCGCCAAGAACGUGCCCUGCAUCCCCCACAGCUACGACAGACUGCCUGAAUAUGCCGCUGCCGCUGUCCGGCAAGAAUAUCCGUGCCCAAGUGAAGCUCUCUCGCCUAUUCAGCUGUGUUCUAAAAAGUUUCCUCUUUUGUCUUCUUUGGCGAACUCGCAGAAGCCUCGCAACAUUGACGUGCUUGCCAUGAAGGCGAGGCGUCUGCUCCUCUCGACAGAUGUCGGCAGCCAUCAGGCCACCACUCAGGCCCGAGUCGAUGGCAAUGAGUCCGAUAAGAUCUACUAUGCCCAUGGCAAGCGAAUCGAUGUGAUAGACCUUAAAGGAAAGAACAAGAAAACCCUUGUUUCCGGUGAACAACAAUGCCGCCUUGGGGGGAUUUGUGUACUGGCUGGAUGACAAGACCGGAAUGGAGCGGAUCACUGUCAACGGAGAACGUCGUUCUGCGGAGCUGCAGCGUCUGUCGCAGUUCACCGACAUCAGUGCCGUGUGGACAUCGGGUGCGAAAGUGCUGCGCAAUCACAAUUGUCUUCACAGUCGCACAAAGUGUUCCCACAUCUGCAUAGCCAGCGGGGUGUGACACGCAGUACUCACGACGUCUGCUCGUGCCCCAAGCAUCUGAUGCUACUGGAGGACAAGGAGAACUACAGCGUGUGUCCGGCCAGAUAAUUUUAAGUGGCGGGAGUAGUGACAUGAACAACGAUUGUAUAUCCGUCUUCUGGCGCUGUGACGAAAGGAUCGCCCGGCGGAUCAGUUCAGCUGACAGCCGAGGGCAGCGACAAGGCUCUGGUCUGCGAUGGUACCACCUGUGAAAACUGUCGCAAUGUCCACGUUGAGGCCGACUGCUGCAAGCGGCCAGGAGAGUUUCAGUGUCCCAUUAACAAGCUUUGCAUAUCGGCCGCCCUGCUCUCCGAUUGCUGGGACUCGAAGAGUUAAGGAAUAUAUUAGUUUUG